UGAAUAUUGUGGGACGAUGAAGCGUACAGUGGGUGAUCAUAAACCACCGGUAGCUCCAAAACCAAAGGUUCUCCCAAAACCAGUGCAAACAGACCAUCCAUCCGCUUCCAAGUUGUGUGUUUACCAACAUAACUCACCAGCUGUUAAAAGUAAAGUUAAGCCUGAAGUAGCACCAAAACCAUGCCUUUUCAAACCCCCCUCUCCUUUCAAUUCAAAACAUCUCACAUCCAAGGAGGUCCAUCAACCUAUUUUACAAGAAAAGUCUGACAUCACAAAGAAUGUUGGCGUUCUAAAUUUCAGAAAUGGAAUGCACACUGGGAACAACAAGCCAAAGUGGGAUUACAUAAUUCCAAUCUGUGUAUGCAAUGACCGAAAUUGUGCUGAUUGCUCACCGAAGGAAAACAACCAAAAUGUUAAUCAACAUGGGAACAGUCCUGAUCCGUGUAAAGCAGGAAAUACAGAAUGUCCCAGAGAGAGUUCAUCCAAAUCUCCGCUGAGAACACCGGAGGAAGAUAAGCAUUUGGUGACACCUAAUUUGUCAAAGUGCAUAUCUGGACUCCGCUCAUUCAAUAACGAUAAUUUCCAUCCAAUUGAAAAACCUCAGAAAACAUCCCAGAUCCAGAACAAGGAGCCUUUGAAGGUGAAUCAGAGUGGUUCUGAGAUGCAAACUACCAAGAAACAGCAAACAAACAUGGUCUCUAGCGUUAAUUCAUCUGUUGAUAGUGGCCAAACACCAGAGCCUCUAAAACGUAGUGUGCAUUAUAGUCCGCCCCCUACUAAGCCUAUUAAGAAAGCACCACCAGUAGCCUUGCAACGCAAAAAUAAGAUGGAACAACCCAAUGUUAUCCAUCAGGAGUCAGCGGGCCUUACCAAGUUUACUGUCUUACCUGUUGAUGUAAACAAUCCAGAUCCAUUAUGGAGAGAAAGUCCUAACAAGGUGAACAUCAAUGCGAACAUCAAUGCUGUAAGACAUUCUAGAGAGAACAAAGGUCCUCAGGCCAUAAGGAGCUUUAAAUGUACCCCGUGUAACAGCCAGGACACCCCAGAACCUGUCCCACACCAGAAAAUCCCUCAGCUGCAACAAAAUAAAAACCAGCAAUUUGGUGUACAGGGGACUGAAAAUAAAGAACAAAAUCUGUAUGUAUCUCCUGAGGUAUCAAGCAAUACCCAUCUGAAGAAGUCAUCCCAGAAACCUCAACCUGAUGGGCGAAGGCACGAUAACAUUGGGUCUACAGAACUUUCAGUAGCCAGACUUCCUAAAAAGACUCUGGCAUUCAAAGGUCCACUAAGAAAUGAUGGUCACAUUAAUGCAAUAAAUACUGAAGGAAAUCCCCCUCUCGCAUUUGAAGGACAAAUUGCCAAUCAGAACCAAGCAAGUGAUGUGCCAAAAAAGAAGACCGGCUUUACUCUCAAGCCUAAAGCAAAGUCCUUAUCCUCAGCAGAUAUACAUAAACCUGAUGGCCUCAAUAAGACCUCCUUUCUAAGGAUCAUGGACCUUGACCGUGUCAAAAAGGUUCCCAAGUUAUCUGUCAAGAGUGGGCAGGCCCUUGAUCUCACUCCAGUUAUGAAUGAGCAGUCAGUGGAUACAGAGGAAAGCCACUGUGAAAUCUGCUCUCAUACACUGGUGUCACUGCACAAUGGUCACCUUGAUGCGAAUAUACCUCGAGAUGAGCAGAGUGUAGAUGAAGAUCUUGCAAAACAUCUAGAGAAUUCUGGUGAAUCUGAACAUGCAUAUGAAGAUAUCCCAGAAUAUGAAAACCUGCCUCCUUUUAGCACUACAAAGGCACAGGAUGCUGAUAUAUACCAAAAUCAGUCAACCAUGUAUGAGGACGAUGGUAUUUAUGAAAUUCCAGACGUGUUCCCUGAACACUACGCAGACACCAAAAAGCAGCAGUUUCUUAAAAGAAAUGUGUUGGAAGAAGUGCAAGAAUUGGAGGAUAUGCAUUCGGAAGAAGAUGAAUGCAGCUCAGAAGAGGAGGAUGACACCAUCAAUAGAGAAAAACAGACUGAGGAGAAGAAGAGCAAUAAAACUAAACACAUUGUAAAUGAGAUCUUGUCUUCUGAGAAAAUAUUUGUGCAAGUACUAAAGCUCCUCCAUGUAGAUUUUCGUGAGGCGGUACUGAAGGCCUCCUGUCAGGCGGGAAAAGCCGUGAUCGAUGAGCGAGUCGUGAACCAGAUCUUGUGUUCUUUGCCCCAGCUGUACGAGCUAAAUUGCGACCUGUUGAAGGAGCUGGAAGAACGGGUUGCUCACUGGAACAAGCAUUGUGGUGUAGCAGAUAUAUUUGUGAAGAAAGGACCUUAUUUAAAAAUGUACUCAAAUUAUAUUCGUGAGUUCGACAAGAAUGUGAUACUUCUAGAAGAGCAUUGCCGGAAAAACCCAGCAUUUGCCAAAGUCGUCAAAGAGUUUGAGAGCAAUCCGUGCUGCGCUAACCUCGCAGUGAAACAUUACAUGCUUAAACCUAUCCAGAGGAUUCCACAAUAUCAACUCCUCCUAACUGAUUAUUUGAACAAUCUAGAUGAAGAAUCCCCAGACUACAGAGAUGCAGAAGCUGCCCUAGUGAUAGUAAAGGAGGUGGCUAAUCACGCCAAUGAAUUCGUAAGACAAGAGGAUAACUCCCAGAAGCUCUAUGAGGUUCAGUGCCGCUUGAUUGGGAAUCAUGUGAUUGUCCAACCAGGAAGGGUUUUGUUAAAGGAAGGGAUCUUGAUGAAGCUCUCCAGGAAAGUGAUGCAGCCUCGAAUGUUCUUCUUAACAAACGAUAGUCUUCUUUAUACCACGCAAGUCGCAUCGGGCAAUUUCAAACUGAACAACGUACUGUCAUUGGCUGGGAUGAAGGUUAGUAAACCUAGUCAAGAGGGGUAUCAAAAUGAGCUGAACAUUGAGAGUGUUGAACGAUCUUUCAUUUUAUCUGCCAGCUCUGCUGCAUGUCGAGAUGAGUGGCUACAGGCUAUUUCUACUGGAAUCAACGAUUAUACUAAGAAAGAGACCACCUUCACCUCAGUUAGAAACCCAGAGAUGGCAACCCAAGAAGUUGUAGACAUUGAGGCCCAGCUGGGAACCAGACGCCCAAUAUGGAUCCCAGAUCAGAGAGUCACUAUGUGUAUGAUCUGCACCUCUGAGUUCACCCUCGCCUGGAGACGCCACCAUUGCAGAGCCUGUGGGAAGGUUGUGUGUCAGGCCUGUUCGACUAAUGAACAGCCACUGAAAUAUAUGAAGAACCGCCUUGCGCGAGUUUGCGAUCUCUGCUUUUCUGCAUUGCAGCAGAGCAAUUCAGGUGACGAAGCACCCAGUAAUGUGCCUCUUUCGCCUGCUAAGUCCCCUGGUUCCUUUCCAUUCAGAAAGCAGAAGAAAAUACCAGCAGCCCUAAAAGAGGUUUCAGCGAACACAGAUGGGUCCACGAUGAGCGGCUACUUGGACCUCUCCAACAGGAAAGCCAACAGGAAACCGUGGAAACGGUUCUGGUUUGUCAUCCUGAACAAAGUUCUGUACACAUAUGCUGCGAGUGAGGAUGUAGCAGCUUUGGAAAGUCAACCCCUUCUCGGAUUCUCUCUCCGAACAGAGAAACCAGAAUCUUCAUUGUGUUUUAAACUUUAUCACAAAAACAAGCUCUACUACAUUUUCAGAGCAAGUGACAGCCAGAUCUUUAAAAGAUGGAUUGAAGCUAUCCAGGAAGCCACGGUUCUAUAACCUUCUCUUCCUUAACAACCUUGACAACUAUCAGACCAGACCUUUAUACAAAAGACAAUAUUAAAGUUAUCUCAUGACUAACUUGUUUAAAUUUGUGGCUCACCACUUUUGUAUGUCCAAUUGUUACAAAGAAAAUUGUGAAGUGAGUGUUUUUAGUUAUUAAAUUCAUAAUAUAUCUGAUCAUGCUUUUGCAUAAUAUAGUAAAAAUUAUUUUAUUAAGCAGUUAUAUGUAUCCUUUAUGGCAAAGCCAUUGUACAACCAGGUGCACUCAAUAAAUGUAUUUUUAUAGU